GGUAUUAAACCCAGAUCUGGAGAUAAAAGGAGAGAGAGAACCGAGGUACCAGAGCUGAAAACCAGAGCAUGGAUUAAGAGUGAAAUUGGAGAAAAUGUGAGAAGAUUCAAAGGAGAGAGGAUUCAGAAAGAGUCCCCUAGCCGCAUGAAUACCGGAACAGAGAGAUGAAACAAAUUACAAUCGAGAGAAAAAGGAGUGGGAUCGAGAGCUUUUGGAAGAGAGAGGAGAGCACGCAGAGGGGAUUUGAGACGGAUAGCUUUCAAUCGAAUGACAAUGUGAUAACUCUCCUAAUAGUUUUGUAUGGGACUGGAAAGUGUGUCUCUGAUUCUUCAAGUGCUCUUUUAAGUCUACUGAAAUGACGAGUUCAAUGAUAUCCUCUGAGAAAAGGAUGGUAGACUUUGUUGAUUUUAAGAGCAUGUCCUCAAGGGGAAUCCUUUUUCGUUGAGAAUUCAAAUGAAAACUCAUCUGAUACUGUAUCUGUCCCAGCUCAGUUCUAGGUCUGUGUUGUAUGCAUUUUAAACUCAUAUAUACUGUGUUUUGACUUUUGACUUCUUUUGUAAUAAUGCAUUAGUUUGCAAUCAAGCUUAGGGGACAAAAUAGACAGCUUAAUGGCCA